AUGAAUCGAUAUCGAAAUGCUCCGGGCAUGCGAGGCCCCAUUACCCCCCAGAUUCAUCUGAUAAACUAUAUGCUGACAUGCUCUGCACGGCACUACAGCUAUGAAUGCAAGAGCACCCCGCAAGAGCGCCCAUACAAGCCGCGGCCGUCGCGGACUCAGCAGUUUUUGAAUCCGCGACUGAUGCCCAAGCUCUCAACGGAGAACCCCAAUAUUACACUUCAAACUGACGGCGUCGCAGACGGGAUAUUGGCGAAGCGGGAGGAAGAGCGCGGCCGCAACAGAGAUUCCGAUAGAGAAGAUGGGCCAGGCGGCCACGGUUACUCGCCGAAAAGGGCACGGUCUGCAUCGACAGACUCAGUUAAUUCGAUCUCAACUAUUUCCACCAAUCGAUCCCGUUCACGUUCGCCUGAUCGUCGAAGCAAGCGCGAUGGAGGCGACGAAGGCCGACGGACUAGCUCGGUUUCCCGGUCUCCUUCCAGAACUCGCAAGAGAAGAUACAGUGACUCUGCUGAAAGCUACGCUUCCUACUCAUCUGGGGCGAGAAACCGUUCUCGAUCCCGAGAAUGGACAGAGGAUCGAAACAUUCGCCGACGACGCCGGGAGAGCAGCCCGGCGCAACGUGGAAGAAAUCGUGAUUCAGAGCGACCGAACUCUCGACGAGACCGACGCAGUACUAGUGUUGACAAGUCUCGCGUCGCCAAGGAACGCCGGUCAAUGACUCCAGAAGGCGCGCGGGACCGCGAUGCUCGACGCUCCUACCGAGUUCGAGACAGACCGCAAGGACGAAGCACACAAGACCCCAAGGCGCGGCUGGACCCGCCUCGUGAGCGAAGCUUGAGUCCCUUCAGCAAGCGCCUCGCCUUGACGCAGUCCAUGAAUAUGGGACGCUAA